AGCCCGGGGCCGGGGAUGGGGGGGAAGUUUUACCCACUAGAAAAGAAGAGCCACAAAUCCAGUCGGGCCGGAGGGUGACUUUCUAGGGGCCGAUAUUUGGUGCUGAUUUACAGGUACUUCUACUCCUUCUUACUGUGCCGACCCACUCACUGGCGGCACCAACCUCUCACACUGGGAUGGAUCAGGAGUUGACUGAUGGAUCUGUGGGACGGGCAUGGACUCCGCAAGAAACCCAAGCAAUGCUCGAUCUGAUCCGGGACUUGGGUUUGGGACCAGCAUUGACCCGCAAAGGAUAUCAGAACUGGGAUGUGUUUGAGAGACUCCAAGUGCUUCUGAGCCACUGCAGGGUGAGAGCCAGCUCAGCAGAGAUCAAGGCUCAGUGGCAAGCGCUGAAAAUGAAGUUCUGGCGCCUCAAGCGCUUUGUUGGCCUGGCUCCCCUGGUCGCCAUCACUGCCGACUUUCCCUUUUAUCAGCAGAUGGAGCAGCUCCUGGAACCACAGAAGAGAAUGGAGAUCUGCAGUCGGGAGGCGGAUAGCACCAUUCAGGAAAGUGGGAGACCAACGUCCUCGCUGUCUGACUCCCCGUCUGAUGAGGACAUGACAGACGACGCUUCCAUUCCAGAAGUGCAUCACGAGCAAGAGCCGGCCAUUAACAAUGGAGGAAACCUGCACCCAGAGAAUGUACAAGAAGCUGCUCCCCAAGAUGGAGCCGCAAUCAGGAACCCACACCUAGCACCCGAAGCCCUUGCAGACUUGGAGCCGGAGCCCAUACGGCUGCUGCAGACUACAAUGGGACAGUUAGUGGAAGGAAUGGCCCAACUGGUUCAGACCCUAAAUCGUGUCUGUGGGGUUCAGGAGCAGAUCUCCAUACAACUGGGAUAUUUCUGUUCCCUACUGCCAAAGUUUCCCAUCCAAAUGGGCAGCGGGCGCCCUCGUAACCAGGAAGGGGGCAAGUGUCCGGAAAAGAAACCUGUGGUUCAUGGGCCACGAAACUCCAGGGGGCUGCGCAGGAGUCUGAGGAUCAAGAAAUUUGCUGCCCGAUACUCUUCCUGAGUCCUCAGACUGGGGCUUGGGGGAUCCGUGGGGCUGGGUGGGGGCAGUUUAGUUAGGGUAUAUAUAUAUAUAACAGUUGGUUUCCCUGUCGGUACAAAGCUGAGUGGGCAGGGGCACCCCCAAACAGCUGCAGAGACAAUGGGGAACAUUUUUUUUUCUUUUGUACGUGUGAUGUUUUGUUUUGAGUGGCCCCAAAUAGGGCGCAUGGGUAGUGGCAGCACCAGGUUGGCUUGUCCUGCAACCAGUAUUGGGGCGAUGGCACACACAGCUACUUGUUGCGGCUACAAAAUGGCUGAAAAUGCCCCACCAUAGCCAAUAUGGAGAAUUGCCUCUGCUUAAACACACAGACGAUUGUCAGUACUGUAUAUUUUGUAGCUGCAACAAGUAGCUCCAUGUGCCAUUGCCCUUAACCCUCUGUCUGCUGGUCAGUGCCGGAGGCGGCCUUAGCUCUGUAUUAUGUUACAAUUGUAUUGAAAUGGCUCUCUGAGCACUUACUUCUCACUAUGUUUUGUAUAGAAAAAGCUUGAUUUGGCUUCUGUUCAAUAAAAGUGUAUUCUCUAUA